GGAGCCCCGGGGAGCCGCGGCUCCUCCUGCCCCUCGCACCGGACCCGGACCCGCUGCCGGACCCGGUGCCGCCGUGGGACGCGUCGUGGAGCAGCGAUCGGCCGCAGCAUCAGGUCGGUACCGCGCCCUCCGCGCCCCCUCGCCCCGCCGGCCCCGCCGCCGCUGCCGCCGCCCGUUUCUUGCAGGGCCCUGUCCGGAUGCCACCACGCACCUCGCCCCGUGGCGACCCGGCUCCCGCACCUGCCGGGCUGCGCCUCGAGGGCUCCGCCGCCCUCCGCCACCGAGGUAAACGGGGCCAGCCCGCCCCGGAGCCCGGCUGCUGCGGGGAUGUCCCGGCCGUGCGCGCCCCCAGCCCCUCCGCUCCCCUCGCCACCGGGGCAGCCGCUGUUCGCCGACCGCCCCCACGGGCCGCCCAUCACCCUGCGGACCCGCUACAUCCUGAUCCGCGACGGCGGGAGCUGCACAUCGGCUCCGGGAGCUGCACAUCGGCUCCGGGAGAUGCACAUCGGCUCCGGGAGCUGCACAUCGGCCCGGGAGCUGCACAUCGGCCCGGGGAGCUGCACAUUGGCUCGGGAAGCCGCACAUCGGCUCCGGGAGCUGCACAUCGGCUCGGAGCGCUGCCCCCAAGGCUCGCAGGCCACCAGCUCGCUGUACGGGCGAGCCGCCGAGGGGGCGGCCGCGGAGGGCCGCAGGCAGGAGUCGUGGGUCGCCCGUUCCGGAGCCGCACGGCCGGCGGCGCCGCUCCCGAGCCCUCCCGGCCAGGACGCUGCAUCCCGGCCGGCUCCGCCACGGCCCCGACCGCUCCGAGAGGCGCUGGGGCACCGCGGGCUCCACCUGCGCUCACCGACGGCGGCACGGCGGCUGCUGGCGGGGCUCUGCCACAGCUUCCACAGCCACUGCGGCCGGGCUCGGCUCUCCUGGCCCGGCAGCCCCGGCAGGGUAGUGGCGGCCGCCCUGGGGGCUCACGGCCGCCCUGGGGGCUCACGGCGGAGACGCGGCUGCUGCUGCGGGACCGCCCGGGCGGCGCCUUCCCCGUCCGCCGGCGCUACAGGCAGUCCUGGGUGCUGGUGGGGAUUCUCGGAGGGGAUCAGCUUUCCAGAGCAGGAGAUAAGCAGGAGUACAAUGAGAAAGGAACAACGGGGUUAGCCAUAGCCCAAAGAGAUUUCCUCACCUACGACGGCACCUGUUUUACUGUUACUGCUUUCAAUGGAUGGAUAAAAGGCAUGCCUCAUAGUGGAUUUAAAGUGGAAGUGUCCAGAGGAAUAAUUCUUCAUCUGGUGGAUGAAGUUAUGAGUUGGUUACCUGGUGACCUGGUAUCAUCACUGCCAGUACAGAUUAUUUUAUGCAUCGGCCUGAAGAGCUUAAUCUCCUUCCUUGUCCAAGGAAAAACAGUCAAGUGAAAAUUGAUGGCAGCCAACUUUGUCUCCACAUUGGAGAGUCAUAGGUGGUGUUGAUAUGAGGCAGAAGUUGGUUUUCUGACCAGAAAUAUACUUAUUCGAGGAGAAAUGGAAGACUCCUGUUAUGGACAAUAUCAACGCCAGUUUUUCUCU